AUGGAUCAAAAUCAAAGUGCUUCUAAUCAAAAGUCAUUCUUAAUUCGGGAUUUAUUGAGAGAUUUAAUAACCAAAAACGCUGAUCAUAAUGAGACAAGUGAUAGUGAUUUAUCAAAUGAUGGACAAGAGAUUGAUAUCGGAAUCGAAGACAACUACAAUUUCAAUUACAUUUACGCAAACAUACAAGAAAAUCAACAUCAGACUCAACAAUUAACAUUAUUAGCAAAUAAAGGAACACUAAAACGAUCACGACGACGAAGAACUGCUUUCACCCAUUCUCAAUUAGCAUAUUUAGAAAGAAAAUUUCGAUGUCAAAAAUAUCUAUCCGUCGCUGAUCGUGGAGAAGUUGCAUCGCAUUUAAAUUUGUCAGAGACGCAAGUUAAAACGUGGUAUCAAAACCGUAGGACAAAAUGGAAACGACAGAAUCAGCUACGACUUGAGCAGUUGAGGUACCAAAAUUCACUGGGAAAGGAAUCACCAAUGCAACAACAAGACGUUGACGUAAAUCUCUGCUGUUCACCAAUAACAAACAUUGGCAAGAAAUAUGCAACAUGUGAUUUUUUGACAACAGCUAUAACAAGCUAUUCAAAUAAUCUAUCAUCCUAUCCACUUCAAAAGCAAAAUUGCUCAUAA